GGGGGGGGUAAGUAACCGGGUGCAAAACUCUACUAUAAAAGUUCCCGACUACAAGAUUGUGUUGGAGUACUGAUGGUUUAGCAUCUUAACUUGUCGACAGGGAUUUACGAGAUCAGUUCCAGACACAGACAUUCGCUUCCAAACAGCCAUCAUGGUCUCUGGUGGACGUCCCCUGGCGAUAUUGAUGUUGUUGACACUGACUCAGGUACUCAGUGCUCUUAGAGUCAACAAACGGUCAACGGUCUGCUACACUGACCUCGGCUGCUUCAGCACCGAUGCUCCCUUCACCAGCAAGGAGCGCCCCAUCUCCUUUCUCCCGGAGUCUCCUGAGAAAAUCAACCCCACCUUCACUCUUUACACCCGCCAGUCACCUGCUCAGGGCUACCUGCUGAGGUCAGGGGACACAACAGGGUUAACGAGGUCGACAUUCAACGCCAGCCGACCCUCCAAGUUCAUCGUUCACGGCUUCCUCGAAAGCUUCUUGGCGACUUGGAUGAAGGACAUGAAAGACGCACUGCUGAGACAGGGGGACUACAAUGUGGUGGUCGUGGACUGGGGAUCAGGAUCCUUCUCUCUCUACGGACAAGCAACGGCCAACACCCGCGUCGUGGGCGCCAUGAUAGCGCAGCUGAUCAUGUUCAUUCAGAACACAACAGGGGCACGUCAAGAGGACAUGCACAUCGUGGGACACAGUCUGGGUUCGCACGUGGCUGGCUAUGCCGGAGAGAGACUCCAACACCUGGGCAGAAUCACAGGACUGGACCCUGCUCAGCCGUACUUCCAGUACACGGACAAGGCCGUGAGACUGGACCCCACCGACGCCCUCUUUGUCGAAGCCAUCCACACUGACGGCGACAACUUCUACAGCACAGAGCUCGGCCUAGGGAUGUCCCAGCCCUGUGGUCACGUGGACUACUACCCUAACGGAGGUCACGACCAGCCGGGUUGUGACAAGUCCCCCAUCACACACCUGGAGGAGAACGGUCUGUACCUGGGUCUACGUGAGAUUAUCGGGUGCAACCAUGCGCGUGCCUACCAUCUGGCCAUCGACUCCAUCAACAGCGCCUGCCCCUUCCUCGCAUACCGCUGCGACAGCGAGGACGACUUCAAGGCCGGCCGAUGCCUCAAAUGCAGUGAUCAAGAUUGCAGACACAUGGUUCUGACCUCUGACCCUGUCAAGCUACCCGCUGGUGCCUCCCUCCUCAAAUACUACUUCCUGACCGGCGACCUCUCGCCUUACUGCCGCUACCACUAUCGACUGUCCCUGGCGCUUGCCAAACCCAUUGGGAGCCAGCAGGAGCGAGGCACGCUGUACGCCACACUGACGGGCACUUCCGGUCAGACCGAGGAAGUCAAGCUCACCAAUGAUGACGUCUACUUCAACCCCGGAGAAACAUAUACUUACGUCAUGACGUCCAAACUGCUGCUGGGUGACGUCACGAGCGUGGAGGUCAGGUGGCUCCAACACUGGGCGCUCCUGGACGUCUCCUCGUGGAAUUUUCUGGGCCUUCGCCACCCCAAGCUGUACGUGGGGAGGAUUGAUAUCACCAGCGGGGAGACUCAACAAAACUCUACCUUCUGCGGUCAGGGCAUCGGUGUGAAAUCGGAUCAAAAGCAAGUGUUUUCCUCCAAAUGCUGACUUGGAUAACACAAAUUAGUCUUGAUGUAAACACCUGUGGAGUAAAUAAACUGGUUUUAACAGUCC